CUCAUGUGUCAAUCAUGAAUCCCAUAAAUCAUGAAAAAGCUUAUGUAAACCACAAUGGAUACCAUUCCAUCAAUGUGCAAAUGAUAUGUGAUCCUUACAUCAAGAUUUUGGCGAUCAAUGCUAAGUACCCAGGAGCGCGGCACGAUUCUUUCAUUUGGAGCUCCUCUACAGUACGAAGAGUUAUGCAGCGUAGUUUUGAAAAUGGAAGCCACAAUAUGUUUUUGAUUGAGCCGUCUUUAAUGACUCCUUUUAUAAACCAACCACAAGGAAGUCCUAAAUUCUGCUACAAUGAGGCAUUGUGUAAAGCACGAAAACCAGUACAGCGACUUUUUGGCGUUCUCAAAGGAACUUGGCGAUGCCUAUCUCAACAGAAAACUCUUUUGUACGAUGCUGGAUUCACUGGAAGAAUAGUCAAUGCGUGCCCAGUGUUACAUAACAUUCGAUUAGGUGACCAAAUAUAUGAGCUUGAGCAGGAGUUCCUAAAAAGUAGAACAAAUACCGUCAAUUUCAACCAUGAGGCAACAUCCUCAACAGCAAAACGCGUCCAAGAUCGCCUGAUCGCCAAUUAUUUCACUUAA